ACAAAUACUAAAAAAAAAGCUAGCCAGGUGUUGCAUGGCCUGCAGCCAGGCUGAUUUGGCUACUUGCAAUGCUUCGGAAUCUGAAGGUUGCAGGCAGUUGUCCCAAGGCUAAAAGACACAGGUGCCAAUGGCAGCACCCACUGCAUGUCACUGUUUUUCCUUGGUUGACACCUGGAGUCCUUCUCAGAGCACCUCAGCCCUAACCUAACCCUGCCUGUGUCUGUUUUGGGGUGAUCUCCGUGGACAAAAAUGUUGAUGAUAUGAUUGUACAAUCAGUAGUGUAGCACCUCAGACUUUUGGGAGGGUGAAUAUGUGUCAUCAGCAGCACAGAUUUGGACAUAUCCUGGUCAGAUUGAUUCCUCUUAAACAUCUGUUGCUGCUCCCCAGCUCUCACAGGGAGGACAAAGUAUUAUUAUUACUCACAUCUUGCUAAUCUGACCACUCCAGGUCAGGGUCACUGGAAAGAGGUAAGGGAGAUGGAGACCUCUGAAUGAGUCACCCUUUUUUGCCCUGCCCUCUCCUUCCAUGAUAAAAGCCCUGCAGCAACAAACACCUGGGUCACAAGCCUUCACAAUGUGGCCCUACUUUGGCAUACAUGCUGUUCUUCUAAUGACUGCUACCUUGAGUCCAUUGACUGCCACAGCAUGGAGUGAAAAAGAUAUCACUGAAGAUGUGUACCCCCCCCUGUGGGACCUUGCCCAUGAAAGCCUGCUGGAUUUCCCAGUAAAGGACAACAAAAUUGUCAUCAAUGCUUGGAACUAUCAAGAACGACUGGGAAUGUAUAAGAUCUUGCUAAAGUCUUCAGCUAAAUAUUUUACAGCCUUUGGAUCCCAAAAUUUUGGCAAUAUUCUCUGGGGAUUACCACUGCAGCACGGGUGGCAAUUUCGUACAGACAGAUUAGCAGAUCCUUCUCAUGUGACUCCCUGUGGCUAUGAAGAUGGAGACCUCUUGUGCAUAUCUGUAAGAAGCUGGUGGUCCUGUAUGAAUUACUACCUGGCUGUCAUACCUUUUCUAGGAGCAGUGGAGGCUGGCCUCUUUGGGCAGCUGCAAUACCAGAUAGAAAUAUUGCCACCAGAGGAGGGAGAAGCUGAUUUCUGUUACAGCACUGCUGACUGCUGGUCUCGCAAUCCUAAGCUCAUGGAUGAGUGGAAGGCCUAUUUUGAAUACCUGUUGUCUACAGAACACAAAGCCAUGAGCCCUGCAGUCUUCUCGUCCUUCGAAAUGGAUGAAGCCCUUGGUCUCCUGUGGAGGGCGCACGUCAGGUCCAUUGCUUACGCACUGCCCAAGUUCCAGGACAGAUUAAAAUACUUCUCUGAUCCUGAAGCAAAUUUUGGUGUAGACUGGGCUAAUGCUGUAGAUUUCAUUGCAGCCACACACUUCUCUACAGAUUUACAGAACACAAACCACUUCCAGGCUUUCCUGCCCCCAAGGAUGCUCGUUGAAGGGGAUGUCCCCCCAGACAUUAGUGAUUUCAGUCCGCAGCAAAAUACAGUCCUGUUUUCACUGAGAGCUCUUCACAAAGCAAAUCGAUUAACAGGAGGACUGCUGCUGAAGCUCUGGAGAAAGGUUAUGUCUACUGAAGAAGGAAGAAAAAUAGGCCGAAAACUGAUUGAGGACUUGAUUUCAAGCUAGAAGUUUGAUCCAAUGGGGAUAUAUAAUGAUUCAAAAGGGGCAGAUUUGACAGUACUCAGUUUCUGGAGAAAAAGCAGUUCCAACAUCUAUUGAUUUAAGCUUCUAGCAGAUAUGUGUCUGGUAAUCUUGGUAAUUUCUUACAGCAGGAUUUCCUGAAUAGCCAUGUGUGCAUCUCUCACAUAUUGAAUCAAUAUAUUUAUCCCUAAUUUUCCAAAUUAUCUCAUUUGUUUAACUCAUUUCCUUAUAAAUAAAAUGCCCCACAGAAAAUCUUACUUUAUUCCUUUUUUGGACUUCAUAAGUAGGGUAUAAUUAUUGGAAACAAAAUUAAA